GGGAACACCCAGCUCCUGCGCCUCUAAGACUUCCCUCUCACCGCCGGAGUUCCUCCUCUGGCUGCCUCCCAUCCCCAGCACUCCCUUGCCUGAUCCCCACCUGCCCGCAGGUAGAGCUGUCGGAUGGGACGUCACACACCAUCACAGAUGCUUAUGCUGGCAAGGAGUACAUCAUCCAGGUGGCCGCCAAAGACAAUGACAUCGGCACGUGGAGCGACUGGAGCGUGGCUGUGCAUGCCACCCCCUGGACGGAGGAGCCCAAGCACCUCACCACGGAGAUUCAGAUCAUAGAGACGACGAGCACCAGCACUUCCUCUUUCAUGCCGCCCCCCACCACCAAGAUCUGCGACAAGGGGGCUGGAGUGGGCAGUGGGGCCGUGGCAGUGUGUUGGACAGCUGGACUGGUCUUGGCUGCCUAUGGUGUCCUCUUUAUUUAGUGAGUAUGCCCCAAAUGGGGGGCAUGAGAGAUGGGGUUGGGUGCUGGAAGGGCAUGAAGAGCUCAGGGUCUCUAGCAUGGUUGGGAAGGAGACGCUGACCAGCCUGUGGGCGACGGCUGUUGGGUAGGAGGCAUUUGGGUUUGCUUGCAGUUCUUUGUCAAUAAACCCAACAUGGCUGCUUUUCCAAAUUGGGUGUUCUGGUGAAGAUAGCUGGAAAUGGUUUUUCAGACACUUUCUGCAAAGCUUGCAAAGGAGUUGGGCUUAGAUGCUCAUGUUCAGCAGAGAUGGGGCAUAAAGGAUGUGCCACUCACCAGGAGGCAUCAGAAAGUGCACCAAACAGCCUCUCACAUACUGAAGGAGAAUGCUGAAAGGUGCAUACAGUGAGAGUGGGGUUGGUGUCUUCUCACUGGUGACAGGUGACAGGAU